CACGUUCAUGGUGUUCGAGCAUGCAAGCUUUUUCAAAUUAAUCUCUUGGGUAUUUUUAAAGUUCCUCGUCCUUUCAAAUUCGUAACCUUUUGCGAGGUGCUUUUCAAGCUCAACAUCACAUGCCACGUGAACUCUCUCCGUUUGGGUCUAUUUACUUCAUUUUUCAGGUUUCGAUAUUCUUCUCGUUAGCUGCUAAGUACUCCCGGUUUGACUGCUUUUUUGUCGACCAAAACGAGUUUUGAGAGCUGUUUUGCUUUCAAUUUUUCCUUGUUGACUUUUCCGCGUGCCAAACCGGGAGUAAAACUGGGAUGAUGAUUGAGUCUCUGGAGUUUUCAGCUUCGAAGCUAGAACUUCGGUUUAGAGCAAUAGUAAAACCACUCGCACUUGCUGCUUUACAUUGGUUUUCAGUCGUCAGUUCUCUCUCUGUUGUCUAGCAUCUGUUUCCAGGAAAAUUCCGUAGAGUUGACCAAAUUGACUGCCGUCAAAGAAAGAUGAAUGAUUUGAGCUCCGAGGAGACCUGUUUUUAACGAUUGCUUCUCGGUCGAAGCUCUGUGAAGAUGCUAGAGAAGAUGGAAGAAUUUGACUCGGAGAGAGUAGUAGAGGAAUUCGAAGCGAUAACGAAGGACGCUGAAAAGGUUCAGAGAGAGGCCCUAAAGAAGAUUCUGGAACAGAAUGUAUCGGCAGAGUACUUACAGAAUCUUGGUCUCAAUGGAAGAACUGAUCCUGAGGGCUUCAAGGCAUGUGUUCCCCUUGUUACCCACAAGGAACUGGAACCAUACAUUCAGAGAAUUGUAGACGGUGAUCCUUCUCUCAUUCUUACUGGAAAACCAAUCACAACCAUCUCAUUAAGUUCGGGAACUACUCAGGGAAAGCCAAAGUUCAUACCCUUCAACGAGGAGUUGAUGGAAUCCACCAUGCAGAUAUUUCGGACAUCUUUUGCUUUUCGAAACAGAGAGUUUCCUAUUGGGAAUGGAAAGGCCUUGCAGUUGAUUUACAGCAGCAAGCAGUUCAAAACCAAAGGGGGUCUGGCAGCUGGAACUGCUACCACUAAUGUCUUCCGUAACUCUAAGUUCAAGAGGACAAUGAAGGCAAUGCAGUCCCAAUCCUGCAGCCCUGAUGAAGUAAUCUUUGGUCCUGAUUUCCAUCAGUCUCUGUACUGCCAUCUCUUAUGUGGGUUAAUCUUUCGGGAAGAAGUUCAGUUUGUAACCUCUACUUUUGCCCAUAGCAUCAUACAUGCAUUCAUAACCUUUGAACAAGUUUGGGAAGAACUGUGCAGUGAUAUCAGGUAUGGGAUCCUCAGCAGCAGAAUCACUGUCCCAUCUAUCCGUACAGCUAUGUCAAAACUGCUCAAACCAAACCCUGAAUUGGCAGAUUUGAUUCAUAGAAAGUGCACAGGCCUGAGUAAUUGGUAUCGACUAAUACCAGAACUUUUUCCUAAUGCAAAGUACAUCUACGGGAUCCUGACAGGAUCAAUGGAGCCUUAUUUGAAAAAACUGAGGCACUAUGCAGGGGAGCUGCCCCUGUUGAGUGCUGAUUAUGGGGCUUCUGAAGGAUGGAUUGGAGCAAAUGUCAAUCCACAUUUGCCACCCGAGCUGGCCACUUUUGCUGUUCUUCCUAAUAUUGGGUUUUUUGAAUUCAUCCCUCUGAGGGACAACAUUCAGAAUCAGCAUCACAAUGGGAUGGAGUCCAGUUUCCUCUGUGUGGAGCCUGAGCCUGUGGGUUUAACCGAAGUCAAGAAAGGUGAAGAGUAUGAGAUCGUCCUCACCAAUUUUGCAGGUCUCUACCGCUAUAGGCUUGGAGAUGCAGUGAAGGUGGUGGGAUUCCAUAACUCCACCCCAGAACUUAAAUUUGUCUGCAGGAGGAACCUUCUGCUAACCAUAGACAUCGACAAGAACACCGAGAAAGAUUUACAGCUUUCCGUGGAGGCGGCCGCCACGCUAUUAGGGGAAGAAAAGCUGGAUGUUGUUGACUUCUCUAGCCAUGUGGACUUAUCCACAGAUCCUGGCCACUACGUGAUCUUUUGGGAAAUAAGUGGGGUAGCAAGUGAGGAGGUUCUUCAGGAAUGCUGCAACUGCUUGGACAGGUCUUUUAUUGAUGCAGGCUAUGUUAGCUCGCGCAAGGUCAAGACCAUAGGAGCACUCGAACUCCGAGUUCUCCGGAGAGGAACUUUCGAGAAGAUUCUAGAUCAUUAUCUAGGACAAGGAGCUGCUGUUAGCCAGUUUAAAACACCAAGAUGUGUUGGCCCAACAAACAAUCUGGUGCUGCAAAUCUUGUGUGCUAAUGUUGUUAAGAGCUACUUUAGUACUGCUUUCUAGUGGCAUUAUAAUCUAAAUAUGUUUGUAAUUGCAAUUGGACCUUUCCCAUAUCAGAUCGAUUGCAAUCUCUCUCUCGGAUUAGGAUGACAACUAUAAAUUAGCUUAGCCACAUGAUGUGAUAGUUUGGUUGUGGUAAAGAAAGAUGUAAGAGAAGGGAAGCAUUGCAUUACGAAUAGAAUUCAGUUUUAUGGGCCUCA